AUGACAAUCUUAACAACUACAUGUAUAAUAUCAUUGAUCAUCGCUGCUGUGGUCGGUCCAUCGGCGCUCACGGUUUAUCAUUGUAGAAAGAAUCGAAAAGCACGAAAAAUAGAUUUUGAAUACGGAAAUAAGCUUGUGCUGCGACGUGGUGGAGAUGAAAAUGUACGUGAAUUUGUAGUAGCAGCACCCACGACACCGACGAGUAGUAAUGAUCAACAAGAGUCGGAGACUUCAACUUUGAAUGUAUAUACGGCGCUAGAUACGGAUUCUAUUGAAACCGUAUCCCCUUUUCCGGCUGUUGAAUGGCAUGCCGAAGGCAAAUACUUUGCUUGGUGGGAAGCUGAAGAUGCUCUACCACCGAAAGAAGAGCCACCUAAAUCUCCUUGGUGGAUGCAAAAUCCAAAUUACUUUUGGAAUUCAGGGCUUGGUUUAUAG